GCAAUAUACAAAAGCCAUGAUGGGAUAACACCGAUAACUUACGAAAGUUGCACAAUAUACUAUAGUAACGUGUGGUGGUUGAAUGGAAAUAUUCUUUAGUUUAGAUGAGGAUGUAUUUUCAGUUUUUAUAUUUCAAAAAAUGAAUUAUGGCUGGGUACCUAAAUCGAUCACAUUUGUUGAGUCCAGUAGAAUCCAAAUCUCUCAGUCUAGAUGAUAAAUCUGAUUCAUUCUUAGCAACUCGAACAGAAAUGACUACUAGUGUCUGCUGGUUACCAGAUGUUGGAGACUCACCUCUGAAAAUUUUUGUUUUAGCCAAGAAAAAGAUUAAUGAUGUAUUUGUUGGUAUUCAGAGCUACGUAGAAGAAAGCAACAAAUUCCUGUCUAGCAUAAAAGUAGAAAGCAAUAUUGUUUCUGAACAGCUAGUAAAAGAGACUUCAAACUUCAGGGAAAGGAUAACGGGGAUUCGAGAUGUGUUAACUCGUGACCAUAUGAAAGUGGUGUUUUUUGGAAGGACAAGUAAUGGUAAGAGCACUGUGAUUAAUGCCCUCCUGCAGGAUAAGAUCUUGCCUAGUGGCCUCGGUCAUACAACAAACUGCUUCUUACAAGUUGAAGGAGGUGAUACACCUGAACCUUAUCUCCUUACAGAAGAUUCUAAUGAUCCUCAGAAUGUACAGUCAGUUGCUCAGUUAGCACAUGCCUUAAACAGUGAAAAACUGGGAGACAGUUCGUUGGUGCGUAUCUUGUGGCCAAAAGAAAAAUAUCCGCUUCUAAGGGAUGAUGUGGUAUUAGUUGACAGUCCAGGUAUAGAUGUUUCUCCAAACUUAGAUGAAUGGAUUGAUAAACACUGUCUGAAUGCUGAUGUCUUUGUUUUAGUUGCCAAUGCAGAAUCUACACUGAUGCUAACAGAAAAGAAUUUUUUUCAUAAAGUAAGUGAACGUCUCUCUAAGCCCAAUAUUUUCAUCCUGAACAACCGGUGGGAUGCUUCAGCCUUUGAACCAGAGUUUUUAGAGAGGGUAAGAAAACAGCAUCUGGAUCGGACCAUAGCGUUUCUAGUAGAUGAACUACACGUAUGUACACGCCUAGAAGUAGAAGAUCGUGUGUUUUUUGUGUCAGCACGAGAGAUGCUUCAGGCACGAUUAAAGAUAAAACAAGGACUAGCUCCUCAUACGGGGGCAUUGGCUGAUGGAUUUCAAAACCGAUACUUUGAGUUCCAGGAUUUUGAAAGAAAGUUUGAGGAAUGUCUGUCAAAAUCUGCUGUAAAAACAAAAUUUGAACAACAUACUCAACAGGGUAAGGCCAUCAUCAAAGCUUUGCAACAUAUAAUGGAAUUAACUUUUGAGAAUUCUCAUAAGAAAAAAAAGGAAAAAAUGGAACUGAGAAAAGAGCAUAAAGAGAGAUUAGAGUUUACCCAGCAGCAGCUGCGCUUGUUAACUGAUGAAGUAAAACACCAUAUUGGGCAUUUAGUACACAAAGUUGAACAGCAGGUAGCAAAAGCAUUAAAUGAAGAGAUCCAUCGGUUAAAUGUUCUUGUUAAUGAGUUUGAGAGACCUUUCCAUCCAGAUAAUUUGGUUCUUAGUGUCUAUAAAAAGGAACUACACACUCAUGUGGAAGAAGGACUGGGAAGUAACCUUCGAAGUCGUCUUUCGAACACAGUAGCCAUGAAUGUUGAAAGUUCACAGAAAGAAAUGAUUGCAAGGAUGUCUUCUUUGUUACCCCAGGAACACAGGCAACAGAUGACCAAUAUAAUGCCUCGUCACAACUUUGAAGUUCUGUAUCGGAUAAACUGUGACAGUCUAUGCUCUGACUUCCAAGAAGACUUGGAGUUUCAAUUCUCUCUGGGACUUGUGUCAUUAAUGAAACGUUUUCUUGGCCCAAGGAACACCAAACGAGCAAAAGAGACUAUACCUCGCCCAAUUGGCAUUGCUCACCAGUCACCUAAUGCUGAAGUAAAACAGUUUUUCCAGCCCUCAUCAGACUAUUUAUCUAUAGUCCAACAAAUAGCACUUGUAUCGCCAACGUCGCAGACAGCUGUGGGUACUCUUGCUGUUGGAGGAUUUCUAGUUCGAACAGUUGGCUGGAAGGUAAUAAUACUGACAGCAGGUAUUUAUGGCCUGUUAUAUGCAUAUGAGUGGCUAACAUGGACAAACAAGGCUAAAGAACGUGCUUUCAAGAAACAAUAUGUCAACCACACUACCCGCAAGCUGAAACUAAUAGUUGACUUGACUAGUGCCAACUGCAGUCACCAAGUUCAACAGGAACUAAGCAGUACCUUUGCUCGACUUUGUCAGCUUAUUGAUGAGGUGGUUAGCGAGAUGCAGGGAGUAAUCAGAAGACUUGACACAGAAGUAGAAAACCUGGAUGAAUGUUUAGCCAUGUCAAGGAUUCUGAGGAAUAAGGCUGGUUACCUGAUGAGUGAGCUUGAGACCUUUAGCCAACAGUAUCUGCAGUAUGACCAGUGAAAAGGGUUCAAGUUCUUAACUAAUGGCAACUCCAUAUUUAGUGAAACUGUGUUGAUUACAGAAUUUUUAAAUCGACCAGUCGUUGAUUUAGGAGUGUUGAUGUUGUCAUAUAGUUUUAGAAAAACUGUUUUUGUAGGAAAAACUUUAUAUUGUAGCAAAAAAGGAAUUAUUUUUAUCAGUCAUUGAUGACAAAUGAAAAAGAAAAAAUAUGCUCAAAAUAUUUGUUGAUGUGAACAUUGCAGUUAAAUGCAAGUAUCUAUACAAAUAUUACAAGUUAAAAUAUGCAAAAAGUUGACAUUUUUAUGCUCCAUCAUCUGCUAAUUUUUAAAAUUUUGCAAAAGAGUUGAUAUAACAACAAAAAAAAAGAGUAAAUAAUCAAUGAAUUCAUAACCUAAUCUUAUUUACUUAUUAUUCUUUACAUUUUCAUAUAUAUAUAUAUGGUAAGUAAAAGGUUGAUGUGUUGUAGAUUUGGAGGUAGUUGACUGACUGUGUAUCUUGUGUUAAGUAGGUGUUUGUAUUUUGCUCAUUCUUUUGGAGAUGCAGCUAAAGUUACACUUGUGGAAUAUCUGAAAGUAGUUUAAUAACUGGUUAAAAUUUUGUUAACCUGAAAAGAAACUAGUGUUGUUGUAUUUUAACUUUGUGGUCUCAAAUUUUUAUUCACUUAGAGCAUCUUAUAACGAAAGAUUUGAGCAGGACAGUGUAGAAAUAUAUUUACAUUAUAUGAACAUUGAGAUUAAAUAGCUGUUUACAAAUGGAUGUUACCCAAUGCUAAUAGCAUGAAAAUAUUUAAAGAUAGUAUUUUAAAGGAUACAUUGAGUCUGUGACUAAACCAAAACUGUUGUUUUAGAGAGCUUUAAAAAACUAUUUCAUAUGAAAAUGUGGUAAAUCUAGAAAGUUUUUAUUUUUUUGUUUCUAUGACUCACAUUUUCUUCUUUUGGAAAUCUAUAUAUACUUAUCCUCCUUCUGCACUUUUUUAGUUAUUUUGACUUGUUCAUCUUCUCUCAAGCAUUUAACUUUUAAUUAAGAAAGUAAAAAUAGUGAGCUUGUGCUGAUAAAAGAUGAGGUUUAUUUGGAAGUCUGUGCCAGACCAUUGUUUCUAUUCAAGUUUACCAAAUGGGAUUUCAUGUUUAAUUCAAUGUAGGAGUAACUGAAAUUAGGAACUAAUUUGGAAUCAGUAGCCGAAAUAUGUUUUUCUUUUAUAUGUCGUCGUAACAACAGAAGAUCAUAAAAGUUUGAUGAUAAUGGGAUUUUAAAGAAAAAUUAUCUUUAAAGAAACUGCUCAAAUUUAAACCAUUGAUUCUUGUGUCUCCCCACAUUACCAGUGGAUUUUUUGAUUGAUACUUUGUAUUUUACUAAAGAGAAAUCAGUUCUUCCAGCACUGUUUCUGUGUUUUUCACUGAAACAAAUAGUGAUGUUAAAUGAAAUUUAUUGUAAAACUUGUUGAUUAACUGAUUGCAAGUUAUUUGAUUUAAAUCAUGGAUGAACAUAUUAGUGAUUCAGCAUUAUAAGAAAGAAUUAUUAGUGCUUCCUAAAGAUUACUUUUAUAGCACUGGAGAGAUACUAAAUAGCUAGGGCAUAUUUUGAGACAUUUUUAUGAUAUCUCAGGAGGGGUACUGUGUACCUCAUUCAUUUGAAAGUGCCCUUACCUCUAUCUUAGGUUUAAUAUACCAGUGUUACAACUUUAAACUUAUUUAUAAGAUGUAGAAUGAUAAGUUAAAAAUCAGCAUCUUAAACUUUUGAGGUCUCACAGAAAAAGAUGCAUAGUUUUAUGGUUGAGAAAGGUAGUAUCUGAUUUGAAUUCAGUUGUCACAUGCCAAUUGUCUCUUAAGAAAAUUGUAAGUUCAGCAGAUUCCUGGCAGUCUAUUUUUUAACUGCUCAUAUUUUAUAGACGUUAAAAUGUUUAGCGAAUAAUUUAUAGUUUACAUUCAACAGUUACUUUUCAUAAGCAUAUAGAAAAUAUUUGGUGCAUUGAAAAAGAAACUCAAUAUAAUUGGAAGAAAAUGUGAAUGCAUACAAACCAUUUGUAGUAAAUAGAGGUGUGAUACAAUAUCUGGAUAAUAUUUUUAACCUGUAACAGGACAAAGCUAUUUAUUGUAAUUUAGUUCUUAAGAAUGGAUAAGAUACAACAAUGCUAUUGCUGCUGAAUAUCCUUACAAGUAAUGUUUGAAAGUUUUAUUAAAUAAAAAAUUUGAAGAACACAAAAAUAAACUUUGAUUAAUUUACGAAAUA